AAAACAAGUUAGAAAAAGGCGAAGAAAAGAGAUUAAGGAGAAAGAGAAAUUUUCUGGAGAUGUUAUGGAUAUAUAUAAUAAAUCUAACGAAGAGAAGAGCAAAAAAGAAAUUGAUGAAGAAACAACUAACUCACUUAAGUAG